UCCCUCGGAUCAAUGGCCAUCCGAAACUGGACAGACACCGUGAGCACCCUCCUGGUUAUGACAGCUCUUCUACCAUGAUGAGUAGUGAGCUGGAAUCCAGCAGCUUCAUUGACUCUGAUGAUGAUGACAACACAAGCAGGUUGAGUAGCUCCACUGAGCAAAGUACUUCAUCCCGGCUCAUACGGAAGCAUAAACGCAGGAGGAGGAAACAAAGGAUGCGGCAGAUUGACAGGUCGUCUUCGUUCAGCAGCAUCACUGAUUCUACCAUGUCCCUAAAUAUCAUCACUGUCACACUCAACAUGGAAAAGUAUAACUUCCUGGGAAUCAGCAUUGUAGGACAGAGCAAUGACCGGGGUGAUGGUGGCAUAUACAUUGGCUCUAUUAUGAAAGGAGGGGCUGUGGCAGCAGAUGGCCGAAUUGAACCAGGAGACAUGCUUCUGCAGGUGAAUGAUGUCAAUUUUGAGAACAUGAGCAAUGAUGAUGCAGUACGGGUUUUACGGGAAAUAGUCUCCAAACCAGGACCUAUCAGCCUAACAGUAGCCAAAUGCUGGGACCCUACUCCCAGGAGUUACUUCACCAUCCCCAGGGCUGAACCAGUGAGGCCAAUUGACCCUGCAGCAUGGAUCUCUCAUACCACAGCCAUGACGGGAGCGUACCCCCGUUACGGUAUGAGCCCCUCCAUGAGCAUCACCACAUCUACCAGCUCCUCACUAACAAGCUCAAUUCCCGAUUCGGAAA